AUGACUUUGACACCCCUGCUCUACCUGUUAGAUGUGAGUAGACUCCGCCCCCUGCUGUGUAAAGAAGAGGUCCCCAAAUGCUUUUAUUCCUCUGGGGGGCGCAUCGUGCUAAAUCUGGGUGUCUAAUUGUGUGUGUGUGUGUGGUGUUGCUAGGUGACGUGUUGGUCACAUGACCUUUGGCCACAGCUUGCUGUACAGUCUAAGUCUAAGCAGCGAGCAGGCAAAGAGAAGAACAAGACGUCCUUUUAGAAGACAAAUAUUCUAGAAUAAAUCAACUGGUCUCUUGGGGAGUCUUAAGUGAAAUAGUUGACAUACAUUUAGUCAGCUGCUAGCUAGCGAGCUAGCUUUAGUAGGACAUGGGUUUGGAUGUCCAUCAUUCCUAAAGUGUCUCCUUACAGAUUUGUAUUUUUAGCCAAGCCCGCAUCGCGUUCCCUUUUUUAACGAGGGUUGGGGCGCUGGGGCGGAGUCCUCCCCGUUCCUCGCGGCCCGACCAGGCAGGUCGUUGCGGCGGACUCUCCCGGCCGCUCAUUCCUAAAAGCAGGCGAGCUUUGAGCAGCAAGCAGGAUGGAUCAGGUGAAGUACGGCGUUCAGGAGAAGCUGGAGAUCGCGGGGAUGGAGGACGAGGACGGGAACCCCAUCAGCGCCCUCAGCAUCCUGUCGCUGCUGGAGCGCGUGGCCGGCAUCAUCGACAACGUGCAGGCGGGCCAGCGCCGCAUGGAGGAGCGGCAGCUGGAGCUGGACGACAGCAUCAGGAGCGUCCAGGGGGACGUCCUGAAGCUGGCCAAGGACCACGCAGACGCCAGCGCCUGCGUGGACAAACUCCUGCAGAAGACGCGCAAGGUCAGCGCCAACGUCAAGGAAGUGCGAGCGCGCGUGGACAAGCAGAACGUGCGCGUCAAGAAGGUGGAGAGCGCCCAGGACCAGCUGCUCACCAGGAACAAGUUCAGAGUGGUCAUCUACCAGGGGGACGCUGAGGUUCCGUCAGUAGCGAUCACCAAGGGUCCAAAGGCGGUGGGCCUGGAGGCUCUGGAGCUGGAGGCCGACGCCUACGACGUUCCGGCCGACCUCUCCUCGGACGAGGAGUACCUGAGCAUGGAAGAGGCGGACCCCUCGCGAGCGGCCCGCUUUAAGAAGUCAAUGGUGAAGAGCUCAGAGACCCUCAAGGCCGCCUUCUCCAAGGAGAACAUGAGCAAGACCAAAGACAACCUGGGCACCAAGUUCCACCACCUGGGAGAGAAGGUCAUGCCCCCCGAGCGGCGCGAGAAGAUGCACCAGGCGGGAGAACGCCUCAAGCAGAGCGGAGAACGCCUCAAGGAGAACAUCGCCAAGAAGGCCCCCGCUAAGGACACCUUCCGCAUCAAGACCAAGAAGGAGCGCGCCGUCGCCGAGGGCCAGGAGGUGGCCCAGGAGGAGGCCCAGGAGGAGGCCCAGGAGGAGGCCCAGGAGGAUGCCCAGGCCCAGGGAGUGGCCUACAGCGAAGUGGUCUCCGACACCAAGAAAGCGGUGCCGGUGAAGGAGGGCGCAGUAGACCAGGAGUAAUCGACCAAAGAAGAUUGACGCCUGCUGGUGUCCUUGUCGUCAUGGGGACUAAACACAGCACCACUUUCUCACGCCACCUGCUGGCUACUUUUAGGAUUGCCGUGACUGGACAAUAUUCAUGAAAAAUAUUCUAAUUAAAAACAUUAAGACAGGGGGGUGUGACCUCAUGAUUGACAGUUAGAGUGCAGCUUGCUUCGUGGCUGGGGCUGUCACGCCAAAUUUCUCCCCCCCCCCCCUUUACUUCCGGGGUCACGUUUCCUCUCACGUCAUCCCAUAGCUUGUGUUUGUAAAUUGUUCUUUUUAAUUUUUUUUUAUAAUAUAGCGUUAACAAAACGUCUGUAUUAAUCGGACAAAUUAACUUGAGGAUAUUCCUGACUGAAUGCACAUUUGACUCGUGGACACAUGCGGAAAUGAAUAACAGUGUACAAUAAGUUAGUUCUAUUCUAUUAAUUCAUUAUCAAUCAACAUUAUCAAACUUUAUUAAAACUAAAUUCAUUUGUUAAAUUCAGUUGUUUUAGUUCUCUGUGUAAGUGAACUAAAUUAAAAUGACAUUUAUGUCAACUUAAAUUUUUUUAGUUUCAUUCGUUGUUUUUACGUCAGCACUCAUGUUUCCCAUAAAUCGUGUUACUUUGGGAAUGCAUAUGUGAACAAAUACUCAUUGCACAUUUGACUAACGUACAGGACGGAGAAUUAAACGAUUUUUGAUUCGUUUUCCACGGGUCAACAUUACUUCAGGGUUCAUUUUUCUUUCAGACGGAUGGGUUUUAGGUUGAUAUUGUUGGCAAACACGAUUUACUGAGAUUCACUCUAACUUGGAGUAAGAACAUACCUUUUACUGUAUGCGGCUGGUCCGUGGUAGCCCAAUAUUGAGACGUGAGUAGGAGCAGUUUUUAGCAAAUAAUAAAAAUAAUUGCCAACAACCGUGAUAAUAACCCUGACAUGACUUUGAAUUCUCUACAAUUAUAAACUUUGCCCUCCGUGUCAAGUCACUUUCCGUAAUGAGCCAAUUAUCAGUUGAGGUAUAAUUGAAGCUGCCUAAUAAGUAUAUGCCCAAUUGUUUGUCCAUAAUGUAAAUAGCACUGCACAUAUUUACAAUGAAAAUAGUUAAGUAACAAAACUACAAAGAACAAUAUUUGCAAAAGAGAAAUGAGAAGGAAUAGAUUUUUUUUUUUUUAUCGUGUUAAUCGAUUUCUUCAGAUUCCAGCAGCUGUCAAAGACGAAGUAUCCUUCCAGCGACGGGCAGUCAAAGCCGAAGUGCUAUCGAUCGCUGUCAAUGACGUAAGAGGAAACAUGACCCCAGAAGUAGAUGGGGGGGUUGUAGGAGGGAAGAAAUUUGGCGUGACAGGGCCCAUCUGUGUCACACGGUAAGAUGACGAGAGUUUGGCUUUUUACACAAAGGGGGUGUCUAAACCUGUGUACUUAAACACUUAAAGGCCUACUGAAGUGAAAUUGUUUUAUUUAAACGGGGAUAGCAGAUCCAUUCUAUGUGUCAUACAUGAUCAUUUCGCGAUAUUGCCAUAUUUUUGCUGAAAGGAUUUAGUAUAGAACAUCGACGAUAAAGUUUGCAACUUUUGGUCGCUGAUAAAAAAAAGAGCCUUGCCUGUACCGGAAGUAGUGUGACGUCACAAGUCAUACUUGCCAACCUUGAGACUUCCGAUUUCGGGAGGUAGGGGGGUAGGGGCGUGGU